ACUCUUGACGGUGAACUGUAUGAAAAAUUGAGCGCAGUGUUCAGUGCCUUGGGGCAACAAGAAAGUGAGUUGUGCACUCAAACAAACGAGUGCUUCAACCGGAUUUCGAAGGAUGCUGUUAAGAUUUCUCGGGCAUUCGCGUGGGAAGUGUUUCUGAAAUCCUGUCCACUUUUUGAUAAAACAGUACAGUACCAAUUUGAACCAAUGGAAGGUGAUCAAAACACCCUGCUACGCUCACCGGAUGAGAAAGAAGCGAAUUUGGAACAGAUUGCACGAAAGCUCGCCCGGCGGUUGGUGCUUCGUGAACGACGAAUCAAAUCUUACGAGACAGAAUUAAAAACACUCCAAGCUGGUUGUGUUGCCUUACAUCCGAAUUUUCGACCCGCUCCAGGCAGUCCUGUAUGUGUUGUUACAUUUGACUGUUUCAUUGUGUUUGGUUUUCCAUGGAUUAUCCACAAAACUACACCACCAUUGUCCAUUAUUGAUAUCGUCUAG